CAUCGUGGAUGAUGUACACAUCCAAGGGUAUACAUGAUGUAAAUCAUGGUUAUACUGUCCGAAAGCAGUAGAAUUUAAUAAUCAUUUCCUUAGCUUAUUGAAGAAAACAAUAGGCCGAAUUAACUGUUUACCGUACUUCUUCGCAAUGGAUACAGAACGGCUAAUAAAGAAGAAACUACGCGCCAAAAAAGAUGGUAAUAUACUUCAAUUUGCCGAGGCUACGAAUAGCUUAGCAGAUCUAUACUUUCAACUUGGUCGAUUGGAUGAUGCUAGAGAAGAAUAUACCGAGCAAGUUGAAGCAUGUCGUAUCCUUAACGACAAACUUAGCCUCGCUGUCGCUCAUCGCAUGAUCGGAGAGAUACACUUAUCUCUUGAAGAUUAUCAACAAGCACUAAAACACCAAAAACUUUACCUUGAGGGAGCCCAAGAAAUGAAAAAUGAACUGGAGGAGCAGCGGGCAUUUGCUACAUUGGGCAGAACUUACUUUUGCCUGGCUGAAAGAUUUCCAGAAAAAUCUGAUGAGCAAAUUGAGGCGCUUACCAACGCUAAGAAGGCCUACGCGAAGAGUAUGUUCCUAUGUGAUAAACUUCAGGGCAUCCCAAAGGCGGAAAUGGCAACCAUACGUGCACGUCUUCUUUUGAACUGGGGUCUCGUAUUAGAUGCUCAGAUGAAGCCGCAUGAGGCUAUCAACUUGUAUAACAAAUGUCGUUUGAUAUGCUCUACAUACAACUUGAAGGAAGAUGAGCAUAGAGCUUAUCUCGCACUUGGAUCUCAUCAUGAAAGACAACAGGACAAAGAGAAGGCGCUCAAGUAUCUGGAAAUGGCAGCUGAAACUGAAAAUGUUUCUAUGAAAGCAAAUGCUCUGCUAGCUAAAGCAGAGUUGUUGUUGAAAUAUGGUAAUUGGCAGAAUGCUCGCAAGGAUUUGGUAGUGCUCUUCUCAAUCAAAGAUCUACCCCAGUCGACCCGAGAACAAGUAGAGAAACUUCUUCGCAUUGCUGUGACUCUCAGCAGAACUGAAAAUAUGGUGAAUAGUGAUAUUGGAAAUAUCAAAAUCCAAAAAAAUCGAUUUCAACUUUACGAGAAGUUGGGAGACGCAGCUGCAGCUGUCCAGUGCUAUGAAAAGGCAUUGGAGUAUUAUAAAGAAAUGCUUGCUCAUGCGGAAAAGGAAAAAUCCUUUGACGGAAUUACAGCAGGACUGAUUUCCUUAGCUCAGACUUUGAAAGAUCUAGGUCGAUAUGAGGAGGCUUUCACUUAUGCACAAAGAGAGCUAAGCAUGUGCUCUGAUCCUCGUGAAGCGUGCAGAUCAGCCCUGUUUUCAGCCGAUCUCUUAGAGUCAACUGGUGCGACAAGUUCAGACAUAUGUCGCGCUUACGAACUAGCCCUAUCAAAGGCUACGUUAACCAGUAUUCCAUCGUUAGAAAUAACAGUUCUGAAAGCAUAUCUCCAUUAUUCAGAAACCCAGACCUUGAAGGAUACUGAAGAAAUGAGAGACAGACUGAACCAGUUACUCGAUACAGUACCAGAAUUCGAUAGCGAAAAGGAAAAUUCUGAAAAUCUCGAUAUUGGAGCUGAUGUGGAUCUUGAUAAACUCUCUGACUUGGAUAUACCAAACUGCGAAGAAAACAGUAGUUCAAUGAGACUGAAAUCAACACGAAGUAGUCGUACGGGCUUGGUUAUAAAAAAAAACGAAAGAGGAGAAACACAGCUUCAUAUAGCUUGCAUAAACUGCAACAUUGAACGAGUUCAGAAACUAAUUGAUGAUGGACAUCCAACAGACAUAAGGGAUAACUUCGGAUGGACGCCGCUACAUGAAGCAGCUAAUCAUGGUCAUGUCGAAAUAGCAAGAUUGUUGUUAAACGCUGGAGCUGAUGUCAAUGACCCUGGAGGUUCUAGCUGUGAGGGAAUUACACCGCUACACGAUGCGGCAAGUUGUGGAAACUUUUCUGUUAUGAAUUUACUGAUCGAAUUUGGAGCAAAUAUUUAUGCAGUAACUGAAAAAGGUGACACAAUUCUCGACUCUCUUGAAGACUGGCGAAAAAGAGCUAAGGAGUUAUCGGGCCUCGAUAAAUCUGAGUACGAGCAUAUGCACAGUAAAUUAUCUCAGAAAGGUGUGACAAGAACGACGGUGAAAAAAAGAAUGAAUAUCACCUUGGAGAGGAAAAGCUCACAUUGUAUAGAUGUGCUUAAAGAAGAGGAAAAUGAAAAUACAGAAAGACACAAUGUCUCAGCUGGUGAAGUUUACAAACAGACGAUAGAUAAUCUGCGCAAUAGAGGAACACGGCUAGGUCCAUUUAUUAAAUCCGCAACUUCCCACAAAGAUCUUGCACCUCUUCUAGAUUCUGAUCAAGUACUGCUAGAUGAAUGGCUUGAUGAUGAUAUUGGCCCCAAUUCAAGCAAGAAAAAGAAUAAUCGAACUGAUCUUCUAUUUACCGCGAAACGCAAGUCUGCAGGUUCAGCACCAGUAGAAAGGAAAAGCAAACGUCAAAGAACUGAGGUGAACAGUAAAAUAUUGUCUUCCACUUUACAAGACAGUGAAACAGAAGAAAGUUGUGAUAGCAAUAGUGCUGAGAUAUGUGAAGUCAUUGAGAAACCUGACGAGGUUAGAAGUUUAAAAAAACAAUCCACUCUUUUAUCACUAAGCUUUUCCAGGCAUUCAGUAUCUUGCACUCAAUCGCCAAGUGCUUAUGUCGUAUCAAGAAGUGGAUCUCAGCAAGUGCAAGCCAAAGAGAUGAAUGUAGAGGUUUUAAUUGAAAAAAAAUUGUUUAAAUUGCGGCUCUUCGUCUCGAACGAAAACAAAAUCACUACCGAAAGCAUCAUACGACAAGUCCAAAAAAAAUUUAAAGAAGAAACUGGAUGCACGCCAGAUUUUAACCUUAUCACAUCGAACGGUGAUUCAACAAUCUCGCAAAGUACAAUUAAUUCCUAUUAUCUGAAUUGCAAACCACUUAGCUUGAUUGGCAAUAUUCGAAAAAUGGAUAUCCCUCCAAUCUCUGAUCGAUACAAAACGAUUUGUAGCAGCUGCAAUAUUGGCGGUUUGUUUUCAGCUAUAGAUGAAGGAACUGUAAAAUGCCUGAGAACGUGUGAGAACACUUCCACAUUUCGACUACGAGGUCGUGAGACAUUAAACAGCGAUGUAUUUCCACUAUUAAAAAGUCUACAGUACCAGAUCCAUCUGCAAGUCUUGAACAUGUCAGGAGUAGAACUCAACGACUUUGGAGAGAUACUAAGUAGCAGCUUGGAGCAGUUAACUUUAUUGCAGGAGUUACACCUGCGCUGUUGUGAUAUUGAUUUGAAUUGUCUGUCUCAAUUUAGGCAGUUCCCUUUGCAAACUCGAGUACUAGAUUUAAGUUAUAAUCCUUUGGGUAAACGAGCAUCACAUCAAUUACAUACGCUUUUGUCCUGUUUAAAAAAUUUGCAAUCUUUGAAUAUGAGCAAUUGCGAAGUGGAAAAUAUUUUUGUAGGCACAAGCAACGCUGCCUUAAAUAAUCUAGACUUUGCACAAAACCCAAUAAUGGGCGAAGGACUGCGAUCUUUAUUGCAGCCUCAUAUUUUAUCACUGAACUUAUCUGGUUCGAUUCAGGCCGGAAAAUCUCGCAUAAUAAAAGAACUGUUUUCUCACCCUAGAUUUUCACUCGCAACAUUAGAAUCAUUGGAUCUCUCAAUGUGUGACUUAUGUGAUGAUGAUUUAUCACGCAUUCUUUCACAAACAGCUAAUCUUGCUAAGCUUGUGAUAAACGGCAAUAUUAAACUUUCGAAAAAAUCUUUAUGUGACGUGUUACAACACAAACCAACACUGUCAUAUAUCGACUUCAGUGGAUGCUCUGAGAUAACUGACCCCCCCGAUUUGGAAGUUUUUAUCUGCCAUCCUGAAAUUUGUACUCUUAUGGUUAGCAUGGCAUCUGAAGUUCAACAGUCGUGGCUGAAGCUAUGGGGUGGUCAAGGUUACAUACAAACAUUACCUCACAAUGUAGUGAUAUUUAACCAUUAUUAAUUAAAUAAUUAUUAAGGGAACUUUCAAGCCUUAGAAAUCCUGACUAUUGUUUUCAGAUCAAUAGAAUAUAUUAAACAUGAAGAAAGCAAUUUUUUGUGUUGAUUGACACAUUCUUCCAAACUGUCACUACUUUUAUUUACAUUGAAUAUUUAUUACUCAUGUAUACCUUUACUUCAGAGGAAAAGUGUACAUUUUGUUGCCAAUUUUACAAUUAAUCUUGCUGACUUCGAAACUGUGUAAAAAAUGCUCGGCACAAAUACUGUUCCAACUUUCAUUCAGAGCAGGAAGCGAAGCAUUCAGUUUUUCCUUCACAUCUCCUAGGCACCAUAGGAUGCUGACAUGAAACGACGCGUCCUAUAGAUCAUGGGAAAUGUAACACUGCUUGUAACAGAGACUAAAAAAUACCUAUGAACACUGUACAUAAUAGCAGAUUUAAAGUUUUAUAAUUAAAAAAAAUGUAGACCACGGA